AUGACCUCCGCACCGACAAAACCAGUUGAUGUCCCACCUUAUCAAGUUCAACCCCUCAUAGACACUGUCGUCGAAUCUUACGGGAUUCCGACUGUAGAUGUGAAGUGUGCCCAGGCUCUAGGCUCUGAAAUAUAUGUUGGCUGCUCCAAUGGCGAACUGCUACGGUUUGCUCUGCAAGCCAAUGGACCAGAAGAGCCUGAAUCCUACAGCCUUCUCUCCCGCCAGAGUCUGCCAAACGACAAGCCUGUUGAUGAGAUCGUGCUUGCGCCCAGUAUAAGCCGCGCAUUCAUACUGUCUGACCAUCAGAUUCAUUUCUACACGCUUCCCUCACUCGAUGCCGUAUCUAUCAAGCCUAUGCGCAACGUAGUCGCGUUGGCAGUCGAUCACCAGCAAUUGCAGCUUUCAGCACCGCCUCUCACAGAUCCGCCACUGCAAGCGGAACAGGUCGAAUUCUGCGUCGUCAAGCGGGACAGCAUCAUGCUUUGCGGACUGCGGGAACGUUUGUACAUCGAGAAGUCUAUCCCGCUCCGUGGCGCUUUUUUCGCAAAGCGUUCCGGUCGUCGACUGUGCAUCGCUGACCGCGAGAAUUAUUCGAUGGUCGAUCUUGACCAAGCCGUACAGACACCUGUAAUGCCAAUAAAUCAGGCUGGAGACUCGGGUGGACCCCGCAUCCGCCCUGUGAUCACUGUGAUUGCAGAGAACGAGUUUCUCAUAUUAUCAUGGAAUGGCGCCAGCACGAUGGGCUUGUUCAUCACUGGGGAUGGUGACCCGGUGCGAGGGACGCUCGAAUGGCCAAGUCAUCCGAUCGCACUUUGCCUUGAUUACCCAUACAUCACGACUCUGCUCCCAAAUCAGACCAUCGAAGUCCACAAUCUAGACACACAGACGAUCGUUCAAGUUAUCCCAGCUCCCCCACUUCCGUUGCCCUCCGCUUCACCAACAUCUUUUCUUGCGCAAGAGCGUCGCACGCUCACCAUUAGCCUCAAUGGGUUCCUCGUGCCAUCGCAAGAGCAGUCUGAGAAAUUGCGCAUAAAGAAGGUGAAGCUGCAAGGACGCCCCAAGUUCAUUGAAAGAGUUGUUGUGCAAGAGGGUCUCGAGACACUAGAGAAACGGAUGGAGGAUUUGGAGGACAACGGACAGGAGAUAGAGGUACUACCUGUCGAGACAUGA